CAGGAGGCGGGGUCCAGGGCGAGGGUGGACGCGGCCCUCCGUGGCGAAGAAGGCUUUAGUGGCAGCAUGAAGCGCGCCCAGACCGCGGAGGAAAGAGAGCGUGAAGCUAAGAAACUGAGGCUCCUCGAGGAGCUUGAAGACACUUGGCUUCCUUACCUGACCCCCAAAGAUGAUGAGUUCUAUCAGCAGUGGCAGCUGAAAUACCCUAAACUGGUCCUCCGGGAAGCUGGUAGUAUAUCUGAGGAGCUGCAUAAAGAGGUCCCUGAGGCCUUCCUCACACUGCAUAAGCAUGGCUGCUUGUUCCGGGACCUGGUUAGGAUCCAAGGCAAAGAUGUGCUCACCCCAAUGUCUCGCAUCCUCAUCGGGGACCCGGGCUGCACCUACAAGUACCUGAACACCAGACUCUUCACCGUGCCCUGGCCAGUGCCAGGCUGCACCAUCAACUAUACAGAGGCCGAGAUCGCUGCUGCAUGUCAGACCUUCCUCAAGCUGAAUGACUACCUGCAGGGUGAGACCGUCCAGGCCUUGGAAGAACUGGCUGUCAAAGAGAAGGCUGAUGAAGAUGCUGUGCCAUUGUGCAUGGCAGAGUUCCCCAGGGUUGGCAUGGGGUCAUCCUGUGAUGAUGAAGUGGACAUUAAGAGCAGAGCAGCCUACAACGUGACUUUGCUAAACUUCAUGGAUCCGCAGAAAAUGCCCUAUCUGAAAGAGGAGCCUUAUUUCGGCAUGGGGAAAAUGGCGGUGAGCUGGCAUCAUGAUGAGAACCUGGUGGACAGGUCCGCUGUGGCAGUGUACAGCUAUAGCUGUGAAGGCUCUGAAGACGAAAGUGAGGAUGAGUCCAGCUUUGAGGGAAGAGAUCCUGACACUUGGCAUGUUGGUUUCAAGAUCUCCUGGGAUAUCGAGACACCAGGCUUGGCAAUACCUCUUCACCAGGGAGACUGCUAUUUCAUGCUGGAUGAUCUCAAUGCCACCCACCAGCACUGUGUUUUGGCUGGCUCACAGCCUCGGUUUAGUUCCACCCACCGCGUGGCAGAGUGCUCCACAGGCACCCUGGAUUAUAUUUUACAACGCUGCCACUUGGCGCUGCAGAAUGUCCUUAAUGACUCGGACAACGGCGACGUCUCUCUGAAGUCCUGGGAACCUGCAGUUUUGAAACAAGGAGAAGACAUCCACAAUGAGGUCGAGUUUGAGUGGCUGAGGCAGUUCUGGUUCCAAGGAGAUCGAAACAAAAUUUGCACUGAUUGGUGGUGUGAACCCAUGACUCAGUUGGAGGAGCUGUGGAAGAAGAUGGAGAGUGUGACAAAUGCUGUGCUUCAUGAAGUUAAAAGAGAGGGGCUCCCUGUGGAACAAAGGAGUGAAAUUCUGGCUGCCAUCCUGGCCCCGCUCACCCUGCGCCAGAACCUGAGGAAAGAAUGGUACACCAGGUGCCAGUCCCGAGUGGUCCGGACUUUAUCAGCUCAUCAGAAACCAGACUGCCGGCCCUACUGGGAGAAGGAUGACCCUUCCAUGCCUCUGCCCUUUGACCUCACGGAAGUGGUUGCAGAGAUCAGAAGCCAGCUUCUGGAAGCGAAACCCUAGAGGAAGCACAAGUCUUGAGGAGAGGGAAACGCUAUCCUUGGCUUUCCUCCCCGAACCUUGCACAAGGGUAGUGUAGACACAUUCAACCUGUAGGUUAUAGGACCUGGGUUCCGAUUCAGAACAGCUAGACAAUAAAGCCCACAAAUACUGAAAUGUUAAAAAAUCACUUGUGUUUUAGUCUGAUUUGAUGUUAAACUAGAACACCCCCUCCUCUGCGAAACAAAUACUCCCCACUCAUUUUCCCCCCGUGGGAGUCCUUUAGUCCCCAAGGCGGCAACAGGGAUGAGGUAAGCCUGUGACAAGCCUCACCUCUUUUCCUCUAUUCCUCUAUGGCUAGCCACCUCAGAGACUGGGAGUAGACCCAGGCUUGGGACCACAGAACUGGAAACAUCCAUCCCAGCUGCUCACCUUGGCUUCUGGCGGUUGGGCCAUCCAAGAUGGCAGUUACUAGCUCACUGUGGCUGCGCAGACCUACAUUCAGCACGAUGGUCAUUAAAAAUCCAUUCUUCAGUUGCCCUGGCCACAUGUCAGGUGUCUGGCAGGAGGGUGCCUGUGACUGUGGUUUUAGACAACACAUAUGGAUGUUUCCAUGUUGCAAGUUUCCGAGCAGGCAGUCCCUCCUACAGUUUUCUGUAGCAGCUGUUGCUGUGGAGGAAAGAAAUGAAAAGCAGUCGCUGAACAGUAAUCCUCCCUCCUCGGAGACAAAGCUCACUGAGGGCCCAGGACUCUGAGCCCUGUGCACCACACACAGGAAGAGGAAGGAGCAGCAAAGGAAACAGCCACAUCCUGUCUUUACGGGGCCUCCCUGAUCCCAUGACAGAGGCCAGCCUUCCAGACACUAUCUCAUGAAGUUAGCAUUUCUUUUAAAAUUCCCCCAUUCAUAGGUACUGACAGGUGGCCUGGGGACUUGAAGGACCCAACUCCCCAUCCCUGUGAUGCCAGAGCAUCCGAGACCAUGGGGAGAUGUUAAGCCUGAAUCCUAAUUUCAAAGUGCCAGGAUUAAGAUCCCCACUCACUCUGUGACCUUCGCAUGUCCUUGUGUCUCGGUUUCCUCAUCUGUAUGAUGGAGAUGUUAAAAGUGUCAACCCCCAACAUGAAGAUUAAGUGACAUGACUAAGCUGCAGACCUAAAGCAAUUUCUAGCACACCCCUGGCUGAACAUCCGAUAAUGUGUUAGCAUUGUUAUGUGAGCUGACCUGGAAGUAGCACGCCUCCUCCCUACCACAAUCCUCUGCUCUCUGUCUCAUGGCCCACACCUCUUUCUGCUGGCCUGAGGCCUUUUGGUGGCCCCAGAAAUGUUGGCAACAGUUAGCCCCGUCCCUCAGCCCGCGACUUUCUUGUGUUAGUUGGUACGUUCUGCUUCUGGAAGGGCACACAAUCAACACGUGUUUUGCUGCAGCCAGGAUUCUGUUUCAGGUGCCCUCCUGCCCAGAGUUAGCCACAGGAGCUGCAUUUCACAAACCUGGUGCAGGGACCCAAGUCUCUCAGGCCUUGAUUUGUCCCCUUUUGUCACUGAGCUGCUACUUCCUCAGCAGAGAGGUGAGGUACAUUCUCACAGGUACUGACACAGACAAGAUGACAUGACCUAAGUAAGCUGUAGGUGGCUUCUGAUGUCACAGGCUGGCCCACCACCACCAUCCCCAGCCAUCUGGCUCUGUGGUUUAUGAGGCCCCAUGAUAUUUCUUCUAUGCCCUAUUCCAUUAGGUGCCAAAAUGAAAAAUUGGGAGAUUCACAUAAAAUAAAAAUGUCUGCAUCCUCUUUAGAAGUCAGGACACCUGUGAGCCCCUGGUCUCUAUACUCGCAUGGCAGUGUCUGUGACCUCUGACCCCGCCACUGCUUGUCAUCAUUUUGUAAACACGCUCCCAGCAGCGCUUUCUAAACCUGCUUGCUCACACCCUUUAGUAGAAAGUGCUCGUGUCCAGUGCUCAGUACAUGUUCCUCCUGUUGAACUGUGUUCAUGGUCUGCUUGUACUCCUGUGCUGUGUGCAUCUGUUCAUACACAAUAAAGAAUUAAAAGAUGAGAAACCAAA